AUGUCUUCUUUCGACGAUUAUCUUACUAAAAAAUACGCAAUAAUUGACGAAGAGGACAUUACUGGACAAUGGAAAAAUAUUAAUUCUGAAGAUGAAAAUGACGAUGCUCCUGUAGUCGAUUUUUCAGUUGCAGAAGAAAUACAAAGAUCCAACAAAUGGAAACCUAUUGUAAAUGAUGUGGGAGAUGAAGCUCCACAGAUUGUAAAUGCUUCUAACGAUCUCCUAGAAGAAUAUAUAACUUCUGUGUCAUCCACGAGUCGCAAAAGAGAUAUUUCAGAUGUUGAGGAAUCAAAAACAAAACGUCAUAAAUCAUCCUCUACUGACGAAAUUCAUAAAGAUGUAGAUCGAGCUAAUAAAAACGAAAGGGAAAAAAUAAAUAAAAUGGAACCUUCAUCUGGUCGUCAUGCAGCUACUAUAUAUCGGGAUAAUGUAGGUAACAAAAUUGAUAAAGCGGCAAAAAGAGCAGAGGAACGACGUAGAAUCGAGGAGGAGGAGAGGUUGUUAAAAUGGGGUAAAGAAGAAGAAGCUCGUAGAGAUGAAAAGUUGCGAAACAAACCUUUAGCAAUAUAUAAGGAUGACGAAGAUUUAAACGAAGAAUUGAGGGCCAAAGAAAGGUGGAAUGAUCCAGCCGAAAUGUUUUUAACCAAGAAAAAAGGUAAAAAAAGUUCUGGCAGACCAAAAUAUCAAGGUCCACCCGCACCACCUAAUAGAUUUAAUAUUCAACCAGGGUUUAGAUGGGAUGGUAUUGACCGAUCAAACGGGUUUGAAAGACAAUAUUUUGAGAAACGUAACGCCAGAGCAGCACUCGCUAGUGAAGCGUAUAAGUGGUCUGUGGAGGAUAU